UGUGUACAUGUUAGAUGGAGUCAAAAUAAGAUAACUCUGAUGUUAAAAAUAAGAUAACUCUGAUGUUAACUCUGAUGGUCCAAUGGCAAAACCUUGAGUUAAAAAUGUUUUAUGUUCGUCUAUUACUCAAUGAUUUUCAGCUUUCCAACGGUAUAUUGCAGUCCUAAACUUGUUUCUGUUCGUAGACAACAAAACAUAAGAACAAAGCCUUGGCUCCAAAAGCUGCUGUCUUACCAAACCGAAUCAUUCGUUGUUAUAAUCUCUCUUUCUGAUCGAUCAUUUAUACUUCAUCAUCAUUAUCAUUCUGUGUACCUGCAUUCCAAAAGCUACUGCAACCCUAGAAACUCCCCAUGGAAACUAAAUCCCAUCAGCAGCUUCACAUUUUCUUCUUUCCUUUUAUGGCUCAAGGACACAGCGUACCUGCCAUAGAGAUAGCCAAACAAUUUGCGUCUUACUCAGUAAAAUGCACCAUAAUAACCACGCCUCUCAAUGCACCACAAUUUUCCAAAGCGACCCAAAGAAGGAAAAUAUUGGGGUUUGAUUAUGAAAUCGAACUUCUACUCCUGAAGUUCCCCUCUGUUGAGGCUGGGUUGCCACAAGAAUGUGAGAGUUUUAGCUUGGCUACGACACAAGAGAUGGAGCUAAAAUUCUUCAAGGCCGUCACUUUGCUUCAACCACAACUUGAGCAGAUUUUGGACCAACACCGUCCUCAUUGUCUCGUUGCUGAUGCCUUGUUUCCUUGGGCUACAAAUGUUGCUGCAAAAUUUGGAAUUCCAAGCCUUCUCUUUCAUGGAACCGGUUUUUUCUCCUUGUGUGCUUCAAUGAGUAUGAUAAUACAUCAACCUCACUUGAAGUUGUCAUCUGAUUCAGAGUCUUUUUCCAUUCCUAAUUUCCCAUUUGAGAUGAAGAUGACAGGAAGCCAAAUACCAGCUUAUUUAAAGCUGAAUAUUGAAAAUGAAUUCACCAAGUUGUUUAAAUUAUCCAAGGACGCUGAGGAAAGGAGCUAUGGGGUUAUUGUUAACAGCUUCUAUGAACUUGAACCAGAUUAUGCAGAUCACUAUAGGAAGAUGUUUGGGAGGAAGACAUGGCAUAUAGGCCCGGUGUCACUGUACAACAAGGCAGCCGAAGAUAAAGUAGAGAGGGGAUGCAUGGAAAGUUCCAUUGAGGAAGUGCACCAGUGCUUAUAUUGGCUUAAUUCUAAGAAACCCAAGACAGUUGUUUAUGCAUGUUUUGGAAGCCUGACCAAUUUCAGUGAUUCUCAGCUUCUGGAAAUUGCAGUGGGGCUAGAGGCUAGCGGGCAAGAGUUCAUUUGGGUUGUGAAGAAAGAAGAGAAAGAUAAAGAAGAGUGGUUGCCUGAAGGGUUUGAGCAGAGAAUGGAAGGUAAGGGACUCAUUAUAAGAGGCUGGGCUCCCCAAGUGCUGAUUCUUGAGCAUGAAGCAGUUGGAGGCUUUGUGACUCAUUGUGGGUGGAACUCAAUCCUUGAAGGAGUGUCUGUUGGUGUGCCAAUGAUCACAUGGCCAGUCUCGGCUGAGCAGAUUUUUAAUGAAAAGUUGGUGACUGAGAUACUUAGAACUGGUGUUGCUGUUGGUGCUCAGCAAUGGGGUACAGUUGCAGAUGAAAGUGUGAAGAUGGAGGCUAGUGUAAAGAGGGAGGCAAUAGAAGAGGCUGUGAGUCAAAUGAUGGUGGGGGAUGAAGCAUUGGCAAUGAGAAGCAGAGCUAAAGAGCUAGGAAAGAUGGCAAGGAGGGCAGUUGAAGAAGGCGGUUCAUCAUUCAAGGAUUUAAGUGCUCUAAUUUCUGAGUUGAGGUCCCUUUCGUCUUGAUUCUUUUAAAGCUUUGCAAAAGCUUCAAGAGGAAAUUCUCCACUACUAAUUUAAAUCAGGAGCACCUACAGGCGUUCAAAUGUUGUAGCAAGUACUAAGCCAAAGAAAUGUAAUGGAAUGAAAUGGUUGUAAUAGACUAAUAGGUUGCAGAAGACUCUAUGAAACGAAAUGGUUGUACCAUUGUACCAAGUGAAAAGCAUUGCAAUGGAAUGACGAAUGGUUAACAGAAGAGUCUAUGGAAUUAUCAUUGGAGAAAUCUAGUUCUCAUUGUUUGGAGGAAAUAGGUUGCAGAAAAUAUAACAUAAGGAAGCCAAACCUCUCUUCCUCUCUUUUCAUCGGAAACAAUAUAGGUAGGGGUCAGAUUGAACUUGGAUAUACCUGAAGACUGAGCAGUCCCAAACCAGAUGAAGAUUACUGCAAUAUCUACUUAGUGUGCAGCAAAUAAUGGCUGAAGAGCUUUGGUACUAUAUCAACAGUGGCUCACUCCACAAAGC